AUGGAGUUUGUGCGGGUGCUGUGGCUCGGGCUGGCGCUGGCGGUGGCGCUGCGUUGGGGAGCAGCCCGCGGCCACCCGCAGCCGUGCGGCGCCCGGGCCCGCCUGGGGGGCUCCGUGCGCCUGGGCGCCCUGCUGCCCCGCGCGCCCGCCGCCCGCGCCCGCGUCCGGGCUGCCCUCGCCCGGGCCAGCCUGGCACCGCCGCUGCCGCACAACCUCAGUGUGGAGCUGGUGGUCGUCGAGCCCCCCGCCCGGGACCCGGCCUCGCUCGCCCGCGGCUGGUGCCAAAUGCUGGCGGCGCCGGGCGUGGCGGCCCUGCUGGCGUUCCCCGAGGCGCGGCCGGAGCUGCGGCAGCUGCAGUUCCUGGCGGCCGCCACCGAGACGCCGGUGCUCAGCGUGCUGCGGCGGGAGGCACGCGCGCCCCUCGGCGCCCCGAACCCGUUUCACCUGCAACUGGAUUGGACCAGCCCCCUGGAGACGCUGCUGGAUGUGCUGGUGUCCUUGCUGCGGGCGCACACCUGGGAGACCAUCGGCCUGGUCCUCUGCCGUGUCCGGGACCCCAGCAGUCUGGUGACCCUGUGGACAAGCCGGGCAGGCCAGGCCCCAAAGCUGGUGCUGGACUUGAGCAGGCCAGACACGGAAGACACAGCCCUGCACAUGCGCCUGGCCCCGCUGGGGAGCCUGGCAGGAGAGGAAGCCCCAGUGGCCGCAGCUGUCCUCCUCGGCUGUGGCACUGCCCGGAUUGGCCAGGUGCUUGAGGCCGCACCCCUGGGUCCCCGCUGGCUGCUGGGUACCCCACUGCCUGCAGAGGCCCUGCCCACUAUUGGUUUGCCACCCGGCGUGCUAGCGUUGGGUGAGGUGGCCCGACCCCCACUGGAGGCCACGAUUCACGAUGCCGUGGGGCUCAUAACGCAGGCGCUGAGCAGCGUAGCCCAUGUGCAGCCAGAGCACGCCCUGAUCCCGACCACUGUCAGCUGUGAGGAGCUGCCACGGGCGGGACCAGAGUCCUCCGGGAGCUUCCUAGCACGGUUCCUGGCCAACACCUCCUUCCAGGGUCGCACGGGCCCCGUGUGGGUGACAAGUUCAUCCCAAGUGCAUAUAACCCGAAGCUUUAAGGUGUGGAGUCUGCGCAGAGACCCCCGGGGCGCCCCAGCCUGGGCUACGGUGGGCAGCUGGCGGGAUGGGCAGCUGGCCUUGGAGCCUGGGGCUGCUGGUGUCCGUCCCCCAGCCCACCUCGGCGCCCAGACACGGCCCAAGCUCCGUGUGGUGACCCUAGUGGAACAUCCCUUUGUGUUUGUGCGUGAACCCGAUGAAGAUGGGCAGUGCCCGGCAGGGCAGCUGUGCCUGGACCCCGGCACCAAUGACUCAGCCACACUGGAUGCGCUGUUUGCUGCGCUGGCCAAUGGCUCUGUGCCCCGGGCCCUGCGGAAAUGCUGCUACGGCUACUGCAUCGACCUGCUGGAGCGGCUGGCUGAGGACACACCCUUUGACUUUGAGCUGUACAUCGUGGGCGAUGGCAAGUACGGGGCCCUGCGCGAUGGCCGCUGGACCGGCCUGGUGGGCGAUCUGCUGGCUGGCCGGGCCCACAUGGCAGUCACGAGCUUCAGCAUCAACUCAGCCCGCUCUCAGGUGGUGGACUUCACCAGCCCCUUCUUCUCCACCAGCCUGGGCAUCAUGGUGCGCACGCGGGACACCGCCUCGCCCAUCGGGGCCUUCAUGUGGCCGCUGCAUUGGUCCAUGUGGGUGGGCGUCUUCGCCGCCCUGCACCUCACGGCACUGUUCCUCACCCUGUACGAGUGGCGCAGCCCCUACGGCCUCACACCGCGUGGCCGGAACCGGGACACCGUGUUCUCUUACUCCUCGGCUCUCAACCUCUGCUAUGCCAUCCUUUUUGGGCGGACCGUCUCCAGCAAGACACCCAAAUGUCCCACCGGACGCUUCCUCAUGAACCUCUGGGCCAUCUUCUGCCUGCUGGUGCUGUCCAGCUACACAGCUAACCUGGCAGCUGUCAUGGUGGGCGACAAGACCUUUGAGGAGCUCUCGGGAAUCCAUGACCCCAAGCUGCACCACCCGUCACAGGGCUUCCGCUUCGGGACGGUGUGGGAGAGCAGCGCGGAGGCCUACAUCAAGGCGAGCUUCCCGGAGAUGUAUGCGCACAUGAGGCGCCACAGUGCGCCCACCACGCCUGACGGUGUGGCCAUGCUCACGAGCGACCCUCCCAAACUCAACGCCUUCAUCAUGGACAAAUCGCUGCUGGACUACGAGGUGUCCAUCGACGCGGACUGUAAACUGCUGACGGUGGGCAAGCCCUUCGCCAUCGAGGGCUACGGCAUCGGGCUGCCCCAGAACUCGCCGCUCACCUCCAACCUGUCGGAGUUCAUCAGCCGCUACAAAUCCUCGGGCUUCAUCGACCUGCUCCAUGACAAGUGGUACAAGAUGGUGCCCUGUGGGAAGCGGGUUUUCGCCGUGACGGAGACCCUCCAAAUGGGCAUCUACCACUUCUCGGGGCUCUUCGUGCUGCUCUGCCUGGGCCUGGGCAGUGCCCUGCUCAGCUCGCUGGGUGAGCACGUCUUCUACCGCCUGGCGCUGCCCCGCAUCCGCCGCGGUAACCGGCUGCAGUACUGGCUGCACACCAGCCAGAAAAUCCACCGGGCGCUGAACCCGGGGCUGCCGGAGGGACAGCAGGAGAGGCUGGAGCCGGAGCCCAGUGGAACCGAGGAGCCGCGGCAGGACAGCCCGCUGGACCCCGAGGGGCCGGGCCGCUGGAAACGUGUGCGCCGGGCCGUGGGCAAGGAGCGCCGGGUGCGCUUCCUGCUCGAGCCGGGGGCUGCGGCCGGGGACGCGGAGGCCCGUGCGGAGCCCCAGCCAACAGCAGGUCCCGCAUGGCCGUGCUCCAACGGGAGGCCGGCGGCCCCGCACGCGGCCGAGCUGGAGGCGCUGGCGAGGCACAUCGAGGAGGUGCGGGAGCGGCUCCGCCAGGCCCUGCUGCGGCGCGGGGAGCUGCGGGCCCAGCUCGGGGACAGCGCCCGCCACCGUCCGCUGCGCCUGCUGCAGGCGGCGGCAGGGAGCCCGGAAGAGGCGCAGUGAUAGAGCCAAGGUCAAGGGCGGGCAGGCCGGCCCAGCGCACGCAGACCGCACCCCGUCCACAGACAGUUUAUUCUAUAUACAAACAACUUCCAACACCGCAAUUAAAUAGAAUGGAAUGAGCAAU